AUGCCGGACGACUCCAAAGCCAUCAUCAAAGCUCUAGAGAGCGUUUUGGUUCAGCUCCACGAAAACCCGUACCCUCAUGUCCCCAAUCCAGAAGGAUCUCAGAAACGAGCCAGCGUCGCAGCCAUAAUCCGCGUGCGCCCGGCCUUCGCCCCUGUCCCUCCGUCCAACGGCUCGAUCAUCGCAGUCGACCAGCCCGACUCCUCGCCGCCGUCGUCGAUAGAAGAGUUCUUCUCGCAAGACUGGGUGCAAGAUGGCGAUCCUGAACUUUUGUUCAUCAAACGCGCCGGUCGUGCAGGCGACAAGUGGUCGGGACACACGGCGCUCCCCGGCGGCAAGCGAGACCCUGAGGACGCAGACGACCUUGCGGCGGCGAUACGAGAGACGAGAGAAGAGAUCGGACUGGACCUGGAGACGGCGCAUUGUCUGCAUGCAGGGAACCUUCCGGAGCGACUGGUAUCGUCGUCCUGGGGCAAGGAAGUCCUGAUGGUCCUGUGCCCCUACAUAUUCUUGUUGACGGGCAAGACGGUACCUGCGAUCCAACCCCAGCCGACUGAGGUGGCGUCGGUACACUGGGUUCCUCUACGCGCCUUGUUAUCCCCGACCCUGCGAACACGAGAAUCCGUCGACAUAUCGAGCCGGAUGGCGAAGCACGUCGGGCCGCUCGGCCAUAAACUCAUCCGCUGGACCAUGGGGAAGAUGUUGUUCAGUGCCGUCAGACUGCUCCCAACGGAGUCCGUCUACGCCAGCUCGAUACCGGGCUUCAUUCCCACGGAGGGCGGCGACCACAUAUCCACUGUUUCGGGCUGGGCACAGGCACCGUUCGGCGUGCCGUCGUCCUCGCAGUCAUUGAGCUACCAACAACCCAUUCUCCUAUGGGGACUGACCCUCGGUGUCCUUGCCGACUUUCUCGACAUGCUCCCUCCGUAUAAUGCAGUCAAACUGUGGAAAUACCCUACUUUCACUGUGCCCGAUCUUCGUCUCAUUGUCUGGAUCCUGACACGUUCUUUCCGGAAGCACUCGGCAGAGAUGUUUUCCUCGGGUUCGUGGCCCGGCCAAAGACGUCGACCGAGUCAGACGGCCAUCGACGCAACCACAGAGGCACUUGCAGUUCCCACCUCCGGGCCUGUGAAUGUCACCGAGGCACCACAGCUGGGGCUGAGGAAACCCCGACCUUCCUUCGACAAGAACCGCGUGGGCAUCGGCGGAUUGGGCGUAGGUAAGGAUCCUCAGCACGCUGUAGGCAAGCUGUUACACGGUUAUUACGAGCGUGUAAAUGUUGCCAUUGCCAUCUUCCUGGCCUAUCGCACCCUGACCACGGCGGGACUGGUGUAUUGUGCCUACAGAUUUUGGAAGAGACGAAGAGCUGCGAAUCUUUGA